UUGUUGAUCCCUUAUACGCCGUCGACCUUGCAGUUAUGAUAAAGUCUUGGAAAACUUCUAAGGAGUUCAAAGGAAAAUUUCUCGUUUUGAUGUUGUCAUAGAACUGAAGAUGAUAGUAAUCAUCUUUUCCAGCCCUUGAUGGGCUUCUAGUGCCAUCUAUAUGCUUUAAAAAUGGGAGCAUGGUAUGUUAUUCUCAUCAGCCACCUACUUCGUUACUUUUGCUCCCCCCAUGGUGAUUCAGGUCGAUAUUUCAUCAGAUCUUACCAAUGAUGACAAAAUCUACAUGUUUCAAUUUCUCGACACUAAUCUGAACUCCAGAAUCCUCUACACGCUAUUGCAUGGCAUCUACACUGGCAUUCUUGCUGUUACCCUGUGGAAUAUAUUCAUUAACAAGUCCUGGCCAAUUCGACGGGCUAUGGUCGCCAUUAUCAUGCUUCUCUAUACUCUGAUUACUAUCAAUUUUGGUGCCAGUUGGUCACUUACACACUCUGCAUUCAUCAAUGAUGGACACAGUUUUUGGACCGUAUAUCUGAAUCUUGUUGUACCAUUCUCGCAGACAUAUAUAUGAUUUGGUGCUGCUGGAUGGUUUGGGGACGAUGCUGGCUUGUUAUUCUCCUUCCAAUGUUUUCCCUGGCUUCCGCAAUCG